CCGCCUCUCAAACGCAGCCUUCUGAGUCGCACACACGCACACUACCCUCCUCCUGCCAGACUCCCAGGCCAGGCAGCGACGCCAUACGGAACAUCCUGCCCUCCACGGACGGAGAGGGGGAGGAGAAACAGCGUGUACGCACAGACCCAGUGUGUAUUGGGGCAAAGACACGGCGGGAGCAGGGUUAGUGAAUCUAUCUGGUCCGAAGCGCAAGAACCGGAGGACCGAGGGGAGGGCCUGGCACAAGCCUCCUGGUGUAGUGCUGAACGGGAGCAGAAGCAGCGAGCUAUCGCCGACAAAACUUGGAUUAAACGAGCCGUCAAGGAGGACGGCGGCUUGCACGUUGAAGUUGGAGAGACUAUCCCCCACCGUGUGCGGCAGGCAGUGGCAGCAGUAGCAGCGUUUGUCCCUCGCACACCUCCCUGAACCUUGAGAAGGCAGCGACGGGAGGCUCACCAUGAAGCUGCCUCGACUACUGGCGUUGACGGCACUGCUCGUUCACGCCGCCACGGCACAGACUUGGGCACCCAGUGAUGACGAGGGGUCAACGAGAGAUGAUUUCUAUGACGAUGAAGACCUCUACUCAGGCUCCGGCUCUGGCUUUCCUGAGAUCAGCGUGCGGCCGACCCCCGUGAGCGUGUCCUUCACCACAGAGGAGGCCCUCAUCCUCUCCACCACGCAGGCCACAAGCCCCGCCCCCUCUGCCUCCCCUGCCGCAGAGCCCAGUCCAAACCCAGACCCCACCAACAUCAGCACGACGAUGCUGACCACAACAGAGGCCGAUGGGGAGAGCGGUGCAUUCUGGGAGCUAGAGAAGGAGCGUGAGCUGGAGAAGGAGAGGGAGCGACAGAGGGAGCUGGAACGCCAAGCUGAACGGGAACGCGAGAGGGAACGUGAGAGAGAGCGUGUCCGUGAGCUGGAGAGAGAGGAGAGAGAGCGAGAGAGAGAGCUAGAGAGACAGAGGGAGAGAGAAAGAGAACGAGAGCUGGAGCGCAUCCGGGCCGCUGCCGCAGCCCAGACCACUGCUGCGCCCAUUGUGACCACCAACCCGGCCACCAGCACAGCCGAGACCCCCGCACCUUCUACUGGAGCCGAGGACUUGAGCACCACAGAAGAAGAGGAAGAUGAUGUUUACCUGUCCCCUGAGCCCACGUUGUUGUACGCAGGAAUCGACACAGAGUUCACUACAGACGACCUGACUACGACACCUGUGACUACACCCGAGCCCACCACUACAGCACCAACCACUGCUGCACCCACCACCACAGUCCGGACCAGGGUGCCCUUUCGACCCAGGGUUCCUAUUACAACAGGAACCACCCAGGCUUCACCCACAACAAGAACGCAGCAGCCCACCACAACACAGGAGAGUAACAACGAGGUGGGUGUCGCUGGUCCAAGUGGAGAUUUCGAGAUCCGUGAAGAGAACCGCAAUGGACUGGGACGAGGGCUUCCGAUGGAGCCAGAUCUGAUCGGCAACACUGUAGAUGGGGGAAGCUCUGCAGCCCAGUUACCACAGAAAAACAUCCUGGAGAGGAAAGAGGUUUUGAUAGCUGUGAUCGUCGGCGGUGUGGUGGGGGCACUCUUUGCCGCCUUCCUGGUUAUGCUGCUGGUCUACAGGAUGAAGAAGAAGGACGAGGGCAGUUACACUUUGGAAGAACCUAAACAGGCCACAGUAACCUACCAGAAACCAGACAAGCAGGAGGAGUUUUAUGCAUAAGGCUCGUUCCCCUAGAGGCCAGAGAGACACCCACACACGGAUGGACCCAGAGAGAUUUAGAGAAGGAUACUCUGCGCCCUAUCCUACUCCUCCGGCUGCAACCUAUCAUCACCGUCAACACACUUGUGAGCGCCUUUCUCUCUACGGACUUGAGACUUUCUUUUCGAUGAAAACACAAAAGAGGACAAAAAAAGAACAAAAAAAAAAAUCAAAAUAUAUUCUGAAAAAAAUCCCACAUACACACCAGAUGUUUUUAAAGUAAAUGUUGUUAUUAAUAUUCGACAGAUACUUGUUCUGUAUGUAAUGAUAUGAUUAUUUUGUACAAAAAGGACAAAACAAAAACACAAGCUCUUAACCUGUGUUUCCAGCACAAAAAGUUCCUCUUCUGUUUUUAUGGAGCGAAUGAACAAAUGAAAGGGGUCGAGGGAGCGCAGACACAAUGGGUACAAAGAGGUGGUGGUGGUCUCAGCGCCACCCCUCACCCCAAACACAUGGAGCGUCUGGUUGGCCGCACACAGCCCGGGGUCAAAGGUUAGAGGAAAGGUCUCUUUGUGCCUUCCGUCUCUGGUGCUCAAACACAUGCAUAUUUGCAUCUAUACAGCCACAUUAAGCCACACGUGCACACGCUCACAUGCACACGCCCACACACACAGUCACUGGUGUCAGCUCGAAGGUGGCUCCGACCUCUCGCUUUGUGCUCGGCCAACCAGAAAAUAGUGCUCAGACGCAGCGUGCUUCUCCAUGUCGAGGAGCUGCCGUGGAAACACUGUAUGUUACAGAAGGCUGACGACCUGUCUGCUCCUCUUAGCUGUUUAAAGACUAGUUACAGAUAGUAAUAAUAAUCAAUAAUAUAUCAGUGUCUGGGCUGGAUGGUGAGUAAUAAAAUGAAUAAUACCGUGAUAAUAAUAAGUAAACUGGAGGAUGUGUAUUUAGCAGUUUAAAAAGGUUUAUAUGUAAAUAACAGCAUAUCACUAAUCAUCUGCAUGAUCAUUCAGAGUUUUAUUCAUCAUAUUGGCCAUCACAGAGCUGUGCUCUCUCCAGCAAAGUUACACACACACAUGCCACACUGCUACACAACAGACAUGUAAUUGCUCUGCAUUCAGACACACACACAUCAAACCUUGUUGUGACGUUUUCACUUGUGAAGCGAGAGAUCAGGUGGUUUCAGUAUGUCAUUGGUAUUGUAGUUAGUUUCUGGUUGGUUUAACGUUUGGUCUGUUUGUGUAAAAAGCACAACUGCACAUCUGUCAUCACAGCUCUGACUCCUCCCACUCUGCAUGCCUCACCUUCAUCUUCUGCCAUUGGCUCUGUUCAGGAACGGGAGGGGCCCAUUUGAAAGUGUGUGGGCCAAAACUCUAAACAGCAAGUGACUUCCAGGUGCUCUCAUCCAUGGUCUGCUGUACAGCAAUCAUAUCAUAAUUUUGGCCCAUAAAGUUAUGACAAGUUAUAAGACCUUGAGUUUGAGCCUAUGGGGUCAUUGUCCCUGCUGUGGGCUCUUUAUGGGGAGGGAACAGGGAAUCUGGGCUUGGCUUUGAAAUUUUGGGAAUUGUGCUUUAUCUAAGAGAUUGUAACAAUAACCACACCAGUAUGACUGGGCUAGUAGCUUCUAUUAUACUCAGUACUGUAGAUCAAAAAUGCAUGGGAGUCAAAACUAUACUAGUCUGGGUGUGUGUGGAUGUCAGUGUGCAUUUUGUGAACUCCAAAACAAACCAGGGUUGGGGUCAAAGUUCGAAUGUACUGUGGUGGAGAGUGCGGUCUCCUUUGUCCAGCAGCCCCCGCAUCCCUCCACUGAGCGGUAACACGCCUCUGCCACUGUUGUGUGUGUGCGAGCUUCACCUUGAUAUUUCACAGCAGACUCUUGUGUACACUGGCCUGUCGUUGACGCGUGUUUGCUCAGUUCACUGCUGAAUGUGGGCCGGCCGCUCUCACACUGACUGUGUCUUCACUGUCUGUUUCCGUUUGUCCGUCUCCGCAGUGGGACGGAUGCACAGACGCCACGCCACUUUUUCACGGGGCAGGAAUGAUCUUAACAUGUACUGUCUUUUCUAAAGUCAAUGUGUGUUUGUACUCAUCUUUAAGCCUGCGUAGCCAAAUAAGACAGGGGUAUGAGUGAGGGAGAAUGGACUGUGUGUAGCUAUGCAUGUGUGAGUUUGUGUGUAUGUUUUGUGUCCAGCCUUAUUGGCGGCACUCUGUUUGCUGUUCCCAUUCCUGUUUUUAUACAUUUGCAUUUUUUUAAGGCUGAGUUUUUGUCAUUGGCUGAGUGAGCGAAGAGGGCAGAUCCUCCAAGCCACCGACAUGUCACUAAUCUGCCACUCUGUUCAAAUAAAAACCUGAAUUGGGUAAA